AUGAAGCGGCUCAAACAAUCGAGUUUUGCCUUGUUGCUCAUGACGAGCCACAAACUGACGAUGAAGCAUGCAGACAGCAAAGAAUGGAGAAAGGACAUGAGUGAAGAAAUAGAGAUGAUUGAGAAGAACAAGACUUGGAAACUUGUAGGCAUGCCAGAGAAGAAAAACAACGUGAUAAUCAGAGAAGUAGAAGAGAAGAGUCGCCAUGAAAUAAUGAAAUCACCUAAACCUCCGAGUCUCCCUGAGAAAUCUCUUAAACCCAGUUUCUUCUACGGCCACUGUAAACCGUCGCGUAGCCGUCCCGUCGUCGUCUACGGUGGUCUCUUCUCCAACCGCCAAUCUCUGAGUCCAAUUAUGGUUGGAUAUGUGGUGAUGAAGAGGCUGAGUGAUUUCUUGAGUUUGCUAGAACGAAUUGGCAAGGUAGGUUACGAUUACCUUACUGAGAUUUUCAGAUUCUUGUGUGCUGGCUGA